AUGGCUUUACAGUUCAUUGAAAGUGAAAAGCGAAAACCAAAAUUGUGUGUAAACAAUCAUAUUUAUUAUAAAGACAAGGUGGUGGAUGAAACAACAUAUUGGAAAUGUGAAAAAUUCCAAAUUACAAAGUGCAAAGCUCGAAUGAGCACGCAAGGCGAAAGAAUUGUGUCCCAUGGGAAGAAAGAACACAAUCAUGUCGCUGAUGUUGCGAAAGUGGAGUGUGACAAGAUACUAAAUAACAUAAAAGACACUGCAAGAAAUACUCGAGACUCUCCCCAUGUGAUUGUGUCAGAUGCUUCAGUAGGAGUGAGUUUGGCUAUCGCAGGAAGGCUACCAUCAGUUGACUGCAUGAAGAAAACCAUUAGAAACAUAAGAGCAAAGGAAAAUCCAGGUCCUGUGCUUCCUUUACAUCGAAGGGAUAUUGUUUUUCCUGAAUUGUACACUCUGACAGAAAACCAAGAAAUAUUUUUAAUGUUCGAUUCCGGUCCUCAGGACGAUCGAAUUUUGAUUUUUUCUACCAGACGAAACUUACAGCUAUUGGCACGUUCUAGUCACUGGUAUGCUGACGGCACAUUUAAGGUAUCUCCACCGCUUUUCGCGCAACUAUAUACCAUACAUGGACUUAGACACAGCAACAGCAUACCUUUAGUAUACGCUCUCUUGCCUGAUAAAACUCACAAUACCUAUGUGCGACUUCUUGGACAAAUUAAGCAGCUCGAGGCAACUGUUAACCCAGAAACGAUAUUAAUAGACUACGAAAGUGCAAUAAUCGGUGCCAUUGAAAGCGAAUUUCCUGGAGUUGUUGUGCGUGGAUGCUUUUUUCACUUUUGCCAGUGUAUUUUUCGUUCUAUCCAGUCAAAUGGGUUACAGCAACGAUACGAAACUGAUGCUGAUUUUGCACUCACUAUGCGCUACCUGUCAGCACUAGCAUUUGUUCCUCUUAACGAGUUAGUGCAAUCCUUUGAUCUGUUAUUGGAUAACAACGUCUUUCCACCAGAAGCCCAGCCAGUAAUUGAUUAUUUCGAAGACACCUGGAUUGGCCGCCCUGACAGACGACUGCGUCGUCGUGCACCACGAUUUGCGCAUGUCAUGUGGAACUGCUACAACAGUGUACUGGAAAACUUGCCAAAGACUAACAACGCUCUAGAGGGAUGGCAUCGCGGCUUCCAGGAGAUGUUAGGCGGAAAUCAUCCAAACAUAUGGAAGUUUGUUAAUGCGCUUAAGAAAGAACAGAGCCUCAAUGAGUUGAGAAUUGAGCAAUACCAUAGUGGGCAGCAACCGCCAGCUAGCCGAAAGAAGUAUCGCGAUUGUGCGGAACGAAUACGACGUUUAAUAUUAGAUUUUGAUCCAGCCAAUGACGUAGUGCCAUACCUUCGAGGAAUUGCCCACAACAUUACCUAUUAG